AGUGACCUGGCCCCCGGCUCUGGCCACGCCGUCUGGAUCUCCAGCGGGAACGGCAGCGCCCUGCAGUCCUUUGCCUACGGGGCCUCCCGGGAGGAUGGCGGCACCGUCUGCACCGUCUCCCUCCUCCCUGAUGACCCCCCGGCCGAGGGGGAUCUCGCCUGCCACGUGGGGCCCGACAGGACCUCCCCGGCCCACAGCUCCAGCCCCAUCCACAUCACGGGCAAUGAGGGGGCAGCAGAGCCGUGUCCCGGCAGCACGGCCGUGCCUCCGGCCCGUGCCUCGGCAGCCCUGCUCAUGGCCGUCCGGGUGGUGCUGCUGAAGGUCGCCCCCUCCGCCGGUGGAGGAGAGGGGCGAGCGCAGGGGCGCUUCGCAGUGGCCGCUGCUGCUGUGCGCUUGGGCGGGAGCAAGUCUCCAGCAGUGCCCCUGCAGCGGAGCGGAGCCUCCCGCGGCCUGCCCCUGCUGGCGGCUGUCUUCCGUCCUGUCCUAGUGCCCCAUGUGGUGCUGCUGGAGCUGACGGCCGCUCGUGCAGUGACACAGUCAGUAGCCAGCACCUUGUCCCGCCACCUGGCCCGCUGA